AUGAGAGGGCUUAGCUUAGUUGUGACUGUACUACUACAGUUAACUUUAGUAUUUACCGCAGAGGUCAGUCAAGACACUGUCGAUUACGGUCUCAUUGAUUUUUCUAUUGGAGCCACCACAAUAGAUCCAAAUGUCUAUUGGUCUAUCAUCAACAAUCAGGUUACUGACUUGAAUGGUAACGUUCAGGUCGAUAAUGGCGGGGGAUUAUAUGUCACCAGUAUUUCUAACUUAAUUGGUUUAAAUGUUAAUUUAAAUGGUAACGUCCUUAAUAAUGGUACCAUUUCCUUCAACUCAGUAGGAUCAAUUCUUCCAAGUAAUUAUGUUGUAACCACGGGUAUCGCAGGAGCAUUGGGAACCUUUGUUAACAAUGGUGAAUUUGUCAUGGCUUCUAGUGGAGCUCUUGGUUAUGGUUAUAUGACAAUUAGUACAGGAACUUUAACUAAUAACGGUUUGAUGAUUUUCUACGAUACUCAGAAUGCCGGUGGUCAAGUUGUUCUUGGAGGACCAAAUAUUGGUAGCGGUAUGACCAAUAAUGGUCAAAUUUGUUUGUAUAAUGAACUUUAUCAACAACAAUCCGGUAUUGCGGGAACUGGUUGUAUCACCAUGCAAGCCAACUCCACUACAUAUCUUCAUGAUCCUUUAGCAUCUUUCUCUGGUCAAACCUUCUACUUAGCUGAUAGUGCUUCGAGUAUUAUUUCUUCGCCUACUGGUAAUAUCAUUUACAGUGGUAAUCCAGUAACUGUAGCUGGAUACGGUAAUGGGAAUAUGGUUGCAUUGGAUGUUACAUUGAAUCCACUUAAUCCAUAUUCAUACAGUACAAGUACAGGGAUUUUAACACUUAACAGUAUAACUUUAGGGCUGCAAGAAUUUGAUAUCGGUAAAGGCUAUAACAGUCAAGAUUUUGCUGUAACAACGGAUUGGGACGCUGUUUCUGAUUUAGCUAUUGCUCCGCUUAAUGCUGUCACAUAUACCGGACCUGUGCCGAACCCCACCAAACCUAGUAUCUGUGCCUUAUGUGAUAUUCUUCCCAGCAUACCUGGUAUCAAUGGUACCGAGUACACCACCAGUACAAUUGUAACCGAAAGUGGAACGGUUUGUACUGAUAUUGAAGAAAUCAUCGUCACCACCGAUACCAACGGAGAAUUUUAUAAUUCCACAAUCCUAUUAACUGCAGAAUGUUCAAUUCCACCAUAUACACUUUAUACCACCACAUUCACCACCACCGAAUCUGAUGGAUUUAUAGAAACAGAUUCCGGAAUAGUACUGGUUACCACCAAUUCUCAAGGACUGUUAUAUACAUCAACAUCAUUAUUUCCAACACCAAGUGAUCCAUUUACUUCGUACACCACUACAUUCACCACCACCGAAUCCGAUGGAUUUGUUGCUACUGAUUCCGGUAUUGUUGUUGUCACUGGAUAUUCCGACGGAAGCAUCUACACAACGACUUCUGGUUAUUAUAAUAAUUCGAUAUCAGUUUCGGCGUUUUCUCUGUCUGUCGGAAUAAUCAGUUCUGAUUAUUUCACUGAAUACACCACCACUUUCACCACCACCAACUCGGACGGUUCUGUUUCAACUGAUACUGGAGUAGUGAUUGCCACCACCAACUCAUCCGGCGGUGAAUACACCACCACUUCUAUUAUUUCGGGAUCCACAACUAGUGCUUCUUCAUCCGAUUCUUUCACUGAAUACACCACCACUUUCACCACCACCAACUCGGAUGGUUCUGUUUCAACUGAUACUGGAGUAGUGAUUGCCACCACCAACUCAUCCGGCGGUGAAUACACCACUACUUCUAUUAUUUCGGGAUCUACAACUAGCGCUUCUUCAUCCGAUUAUUUCACUGAAUACACCACCACUUUCACCACCACCAACUCGGAUGGUUCUGUUUCAACUGAUACUGGAGUAGUGAUUGCCACCACCAACUCAUCCGGCGGUGAAUACACCACUACUUCUAUUAUUUCGGGAUCCACAACUAGUGCUUCUUCAUCCGAUUAUUUCACUGAAUAUACCACCACUUUCACCACCACCAACUCGGACGGUUCUGUUUCAACUGAUACUGGAGUAGUGAUUGCCACCACCAACUCAUCCGGCGGUGAAUACACCACUACUUCUAUUAUUUCGGGAUCCACAACUAGUGCUUCUUCAUCCGAUUAUUUCACUGAAUAUACCACCACUUUCACCACCACCAACUCGGACGGUUCUGUUUCAACUGAUACUGGAGUAGUGAUUGCCACCACCAACUCAUCCGGCGGUGAAUACACCACUACUUCUAUUAUUUCGGGAUCCACAACUAGUGCUUCUUCAUCCGAUUAUUUCACUGAAUAUACCACCACUUUCACCACCACCAACUCGGAUGGUUCUGUUUCAACUGAUACUGGAGUAGUGAUUGCCACCACCAACUCAUCCGGCGGUGAAUAUACUACCACUUCUAUUAUAUUUGGAUCGACUUCUUCAGCUGCAUCAUAUUCUACAAGUAUUGCGGCGGUUGCAUCAGAUUCAUUGACAGAAUACACCACCACUUUCACCACCACCAACUCGGACGGUUCUGUUUCAACUGAUACUGGAGUAGUGAUUGCCACCACCAACUCAUCCGGCGAUGGUUCUGGCUGUACGACAUUCACAGAGUAUACUACUACUUUUACUACAACGGAAUCCAACGGAUCUGUCGAGACCGAUACUGGAAUUGUCAUUGUUACUACCAAUUCGGAAGGUAGCUUAUACACAACUACAUCUAUCUUGAGUGAAACUGAAUACACUACUACAUUCACUACGACAGAAUCCAAUGGAUCUGUGGAGACCGAUACUGGCAUUGUUAUUGUUACUACCAAUUCCGAAGGUAGCUUGUACACUACUACUUCGAUCUUGAGUAGUGGAAUUAUUUCAGUAUAUACCACUACAGUUACCACCACUGAUACUGUUGGGGUUCCAUGUACACAAACUGGUGUUGUUGUAGUCAGUACAGAUACCGCAGGUAGUACCUAUACUACUACUUCUGUUUUAACAGAAACUGUCACGGAACCAUGUGAAACUACUACUUUUGCUACUACAUUACCUAAUGAUACCGUGGGUGUCCCAUGUACAAAGACAGCAGCAGUGAUCGUAAGUAGUGGCAGCGAAGGAGAGGUCUAUACCAGUACUUCAGUUAUUGAAACUGUUGGUGCAGAAAGUACUGGUGAUGCUGAAGCUGUUACUAGUGCUGGUAAUGCAAAUCAAUCAGCAAACGAAGUUACUGCCACUCUGAGUGUUGCUACUACUGAGACCCAAAAUACAAUAGUUAGUGGCGUAAGCUCUUCUGUUGCUACGGUCGCUUCUGCUGUUACAUCUUCUACAUCUCCUUCAUCAUCUCCAUCAAUUAUUCCAGAGAGUUCAGGAGCAUCUGUAUCUGUCAGAAAGAUCAUGUUACUCGUUCCUAUUUUGGCUACUUUUUUGGGUGCAUUGCUCAAUUGA